AUGGACAAGCUAACUCCAGAACAGCAGCAGCAAGUGAUGCAACAGGCGGCAAUGGCCGCCAAUCAACAAGUUAUGCAAGACAUGAUGAAACAAACAAUCAACCUUUGCUUCAAAAAGUGUGCAGGGACUUCCGGCGACCGACUGGAUAGAAAGGAACAAGCAUGCAUGGGAUAUUGUCAAGAUCUGUAUCUAGAGACAAGGGCACAAGUUCAAGCAGCUUUGCAAGAUCGCCAACAAAAAAUGUAA